UGUUAAUUGCAUGAGCAGAGAGCCAGAGACCCAUACGAUAUAAAUGGAGGCGCGAGCAUAGGGGAGGCCGGAUAUGGCGCCCACUUCAAGGAUGCUUCGGGGACGAAAGUCAGCUGUGGCGCCUCGGGAAUAGCCUAUAUGCUGUUGCUCCUUUUCUGGGCUUCCAAACUGCGACGAGUUCUGGGUUUUGUUCCGGUCAAUCUGUUCGGGAGACUUCCCAAUUCAAUCGGGAAGAACUAUCCCUAGUGGGUUCUUUCAUUUCUCCUGAAAGGUUACUUAAUGACGAUGCGUAUUCGGUAGUUCAUGAGCAGUUAUUGUCUUUUGAACCAACAGAACUCAGAAGUGUUGCAAUGGCUACUAGUCUUGCAGCAACAAGCAGCCAGCUGCAUUUUAGGGAGACAAUCAAGGGACACGGUUGCAGACAGACAUAUUGGGUUUCUAAUGUUGCCUUCCAGAGAGCUGCACGGGAGUUAUCAUGGGUGUGUGGGAUAUCCAAGUUUUUGCAUUCCCAGUGGUAUGAUUUUUGCCAAAAUCCAAUUAACGAGACUUGGAAUCCCCGUAGCACAGUUACAGUAUCGUGUUUGAGGGAUAAUUCUACAAAAUAUUUUGAUUUUGCCAUAAUUGGUAGCGGAAUUGCUGGACUUCGCUAUGCUCUUGAAGUCGCAAAACAUGGAUCUGUUGCGGUAAUUACUAAGGCUGAGCCUCAUGAGAGCAACACAAAUUAUGCUCAAGGUGGUGUUAGUGCUGUGCUCUGCCCUACGGAUUCUGUGGAGAAUCACAUGAGGGACACCAUUGUAGCAGGGGCUUAUCUAUGUGAUGAGGAGACUGUCAGAGUGGUAUGUACAGAAGGACCUGCAAGAAUUAGAGAAUUGAUUGCUAUGGGUGCAUCAUUUGAUCAUGGUGAAGAUGGGAACUUGCACCUUGCAAGGGAAGGGGGUCACUCUCAUCAUAGAAUAGUUCAUGCUGCUGAUAUGACUGGAAGAGAGAUUGAGCGAGCUCUAUUGGAGGCAGCUGUGAAUGAUCCUAAUAUUUUCAUGUUUGAACACCAUUCUGCAAUAGAUCUGUUAACUUCCCAGAAUGGUUCUGACACAGUUUGUCAUGGUGUUGACACUUUGAAUACUGAAACACAAGAGGUGGUGAGAUUUAUUUCAAAGGUUACUUUGCUUGCAUCUGGUGGGGCUGGACAUAUUUAUCCCACAACCACGAAUCCUCCGGUCGCAACAGGAGAUGGAAUAGCUAUGGCCCAUCGAGCUCAAGCCGUCAUUUCCAACAUGGAGUUUGUGCAGUUUCACCCAACUGCCUUAGCUGAUGAAGGUCUUCCUAUCAGACCAACCAAUACCAGAGAAAAUGCAUUUCUCAUCACUGAAGCAGUAAGAGGUGAUGGGGGCAUCCUUUACAAUUUGGGCAUGGAACGGUUCAUGCCUCUAUACGAUGAGAGAGCAGAGCUUGCCCCCAGGGAUGUGGUGGCAAGAAGCAUAGAUGACCAAAUUAAGAAGCGUAAUGAGAAGUAUGUGCUACUAGACAUAAGUCACAAGCCCAGAGAAAAAAUUCUCUCACACUUCCCCAACAUAGCUGCUGAGUGCCAUCGGUAUGGCCUAGACAUAACCCGUCAGCCAAUCCCAGUGGUUCCUGCAGCUCAUUACAUGUGUGGUGGAGUUCGUGCUGGACUCCAGGGGGAGACAAACGUGUGUGGCCUCUAUGUGGCAGGUGAGGUUGCAUGCACUGGUUUGCAUGGCGCAAAUCGACUUGCAAGCAACUCAUUGCUUGAGGCACUAGUUUUUGCAAGGAGAGCUGUUCAACCAUCAAUAGAUCACAUGAACAGAACGACCCUUGAUCUUGGUGUUUCAAAUUGGUGGGCCUGUCCAGUUGUGCCCAAGGCACUUGGGAGUGACAUGACAUGCAAAAUUGUAAGGAAGACCAGGGAAAUGAGGAAAGAACUGCAAUCAAUCAUGUGGCAGUAUGUUGGAAUUGUUCGGUCAACAACAAGGCUAAAAACUGCAGAGCGAAGGAUUGGGGAGUUGGAGGCUAAAUGGGAGGAGUACUUAUUUCAACAUGGGUGGAAACCAACAAUGGUGGGGCUUGAGGCUUGUGAAAUGAGGAACCUCUUUAGUUGUGCAAAGCUGGUGGUGAGCAGUGCACUUGCUAGGCACGAGAGUCGUGGGCUUCACUACACUAUUGAUUUCCCUCAUGUAGAAGAAAGCGAGAGGUUGCCAACAGUCAUUUUCCCUUGUUCCUCAGUGAAGAGUUCGUGGAGUUCUCGGCAAUUGCACAAGCAGCACAUCAGUUAGAAGUAUAGGAUUUGUCAAGUUUCUUCUCAAUAACUCAUAUAUUUAUAGGGAUUCAUUUGGUUAGCAAUCAAGCAACCUUAGACAAAGAUUGUCUAAUAGCAUAUUUGCAGCCUUCUAAGAAUUGCCCCAUGGUUGCUCUUUUUUUUUUUUUUUUUUUAGCAUUUAUAAUUUUUUUUCCUGAUUCAUUGUCGAAGGAAAUUGCGUUUAUAUCAAAAUGAGUACAUCAUUGAUCAUCCUUUCCAAC